GUGGGCAGGAUCUCCUCCCUGGGCCUUGAGUUUGACACCAGUCCACUAAUGCAUUUGGUGGUGAUUUGCGUUCCUAAUAUUGUGCUGUGGUUAGAUGUUUGUACAAGUGAUUUAAAAGCAAUUUAUAAUUCAGAAUUCACCGUAAAUAUUGGGAAGUUAAAUGACAGUGGUUCGUUAUCGGAAUGUUAUAAUGAUAACGAGACUUCCUGCUCCUUGUACAGAAACAGAAGCGCAUUGCAUUGUGGGGAUUCAAAUAAGAGCCCCGAAAGGCUAUCCAGCGUCACAAAGGACCUAAAAAAAAGCAAAGGGAGUCUUUUAAUGACAGGUUUGUAUAAUGUGAGCUCAAGUGAGAGGUGGCAGUACGCUCAACUCGCCAGACUAUCGCUGGGAAUGUGAGCGUCCCGGAGAAGCGACAAGACGGCGCGAGCAGUUUUGCAUCAGCAAAACUGCUUGCAUAUACAGGCCAAGCUGCUAGGGGAAGCCUUGUACUACAAGUUCGGCCCAACAGGUUCAACUAUUAGUCUGUUCUGUGUGACCACUUGCUAGAAGUGUGUGAUGAUAGUUACAGUGAAAGGACCAGGUUGUAAAGUGCUCGCCGCCAUCACGAGAAAUUCAGAGGAGACCUUUUCUUGUUACAUGUUCAGAAGCUGACGAACAUGGGAGUCAAAACCUUUACCCAUUGCUCAACAUCCCACAGCCAGGAGAUGCUCGAAAAGCUCAACACUUUGCGUAACCAAGGUCACUUGUGUGAUGUUACCAUCAGGGUGCAAGAUAAACACUUUCUGGCACAUAAAGUGGUCCUGGCCUGCUGCAGUGAAUUCUUCCGUUCAAAACUGGUGGGCCGGCCUGAGGAGGAGGACAAGUUUGUGUUGGACCUUCACCAUGUGACAGUUAGUGGCUUUGCUCCUCUGCUGGAAUACGCCUACACAUCGACGCUCUCCAUCAGCACAGAAAACAUUAUCGAUGUCCUUGCAGCUGCGAGUUACAUGCAGAUGUUCACAGUAGCAAGUACGUGUUCAGAGUUCAUGAAGUCAAGUAUUUUAUGGAGUCCAAAUAACAACAGUAAUGACACACUUGCAGAAAGUAAACCCCAUGACUCAGCACCUGAGAAUGCCUCUUCGAACUGUGCCCUGACACCACUGGGUGACAGCGUGUCUCCUGUGUCAUCUGACUGUAGUGUAAUGGAGAGAAAUGUUCCAGUUUGCCGCGAAUCACGCAGGAAACGGAAGAGUUUUGUAGCUAUGGCUUCGCCUGAGAGUCCUCUCAAAUGCACUUCACAGAUGGUGAAUACCUCUCCCCAGGUUUCCAAUCCAUCCCCCUCAUUUACAGACAGUACAGCACAGCCUGUAGAGUCCUCCCUAGCCUUCCCGUGGACGUUCCCAUUUGGGAUUGAUAGGAGAUUCCACUCGGACAAAUCAAAGCUUCCGCAGAGCUCCCGGUGCCAAGAGCAGGCAGCCACAGUUACUUCUGAGGUGGUGGUUGGUCGCCGACUCAGUGACUUUCUGACAUGUGAAAACUCUAAGGCUGUGUCGCCACCUGGACCAGCGGAGGAAGAAGAUGUUAGAGUGAAAGUGGAGCGCCUCAGUGAUGAGGAAGUCCAAGAGUCAUCCACCCAUGCUGCCAGUGCCUCCCAGAGCUCACUCAACGAUCAACAGACGGUGCCAGGAAGUGAACAAGUUCAGGAGGAUCUCCUCAUCAGUCCACAGUCAUCAUCCAUAGGAUCACUGGAUGAGGGUGUCUCAGAGGGCUUGCCAUCUCUUCAGAGCACCUCUAAUGCUGGAGCACAUGCAGAGGAUGAUGAAAGGUUAGAGGGUAUUCAGUAUCCGUACCACCUCUAUAUCGGCCCCUCAGCACGGCCCGGCACCAAUGCCCCUGACAGGCCCUUUCAGUGUCCAACCUGUGGAGUUCGAUUCACGCGCAUUCAAAACCUGAAGCAGCACAUGCUCAUACAUUCCGGCAUUAAGCCUUUCCAGUGUGACCGCUGUGGGAAAAAGUUUACACGGGCCUACUCCCUAAAGAUGCAUCGGCUGAAGCACGAAGGUAAACGCUGUUUCCGGUGCCAGAUUUGUAGUGCCACAUUCACGUCCUUCGGUGAAUAUAAGCACCACAUGAGGGUCUCCCGACACAUAAUCCGCAAGCCGCGGAUUUAUGAGUGCAAAACGUGUGGCGCCAUGUUCACCAACUCUGGCAAUUUAAUUGUACACCUGAGGAGUCUGAACCAUGAGGCAUCCGAACUAACAAACUACUUCCAGAGCAGUGAUUUCCUCGUGCCCGACUACCUGAGCCAGGUGCACGAGGAGGAGGAGGAGGAGGUGCUGGGAGUCCAAUAUGAAUUGGAAGGAUCCCAACAUCACCCUGUCUAUGCGGGCAGCACUUCCACUACAAUUACCGCCUCAUCCUCCUCCUCCAUCCAGAUGCCUGUCAUCUCCCAGGUCUCCUCCUCUACCCAGAAUUGCGAGAGCUCACCUGGCUUCCUUUCACCUGAUUCAAUGUAUCCACUGGAAGCCUCCACCUCCUUCAAGGUACAUACUGGUGGCGCUCUUCCCCUGGCAGAGAAGACCAAGAUGGACAACAGAGAAGGAGGCAGUUCGCCUGAGGUGUUUGAACAAGAAGAUCGUCCGAUGGAGAAUAUUCAGGCCAGGGAGUUGGCUUCCAUCACCAUUGAGUGAUUCAAGAGUUGUUCUUGCCCAUAUUGUGCUACUUUCUGGUCAUAUCUCAGAUCUAUAAUCUGUGGAAUAUUGAUGCCAAAAGAGGUCGAGUGGACACGUUCACAUUUUAAAACAUAUUCAUGAAUCAAAUUUUCUCAAGACUUUGGUUACCCUUGUGAUGGUUCUUCCACCUCCAAAGGAGUAAUUUAUCGUCCCCCCCCCCCCCCCCCCCCCAAUAAGUGGUUGAUGGUCUGAAACAUUUAUUUAUCCUAUUUGACGUGAUUGCACUACCACUGGAGGUACUAUAUGUUCAAUUCUAGCCUGGUUCUUUCGGAAAGUGCCUGAGAAUAGAUGAAGAGGACUUGAGUUUGCCAACAAUAACAAAUUAAGCCUUUACAAACGGAGCUUUUUUUAUUUCCUUUACAAUGAUCGUGGAAGUUUGUAUGGACACACACAUCCAUCUUUCCUAUUGAAACAGGCAAGAAGUUAAAUGUCAUUGUCUAUUGAAAUAUGUAUUCAUGUAGUUUCCUGUCUGAAUGCAGUAUAUGCCGACUGUUGUGGAAGAAUGCCAAGUGUAUGUACAGGUACAUCUAUUUUUAAUAGAAUACACGCAAAGUACAUUUAAUCAAUACACUUUUAAUUUGAGUGAAAGUUCCCCGUGGUUUUUUUUUUUUUUCUCAGUGUGAAUUAAAAAUGUGAAAAGUGACAUCACAAAACCCGAAAUUUCAUUCACUGCCAAAACCUUUGGCCACGACUGUGGAAAGUAAUUCCUUUCAAUUUGCAAGAUUUUCAAAGCUAAUUCAGUAUUAUAAGUCUGAAACAAACUCAAUGAAAUGUGGGGGUAGCUUUUAAUGCUGGUUAGAGUCCAGUCCGCUUGUGUAAUUUGAUAAAAAUGUUAUUUAUUUGUACACUUUUACUUUAGAAUCCUUCUCCACAUCUGGUUAUAUCCUCUUUUCACUGAUCACUUUUCCACAUGUGAACUUGUUUUUCAUUACUAUACCUAAAUGCAACAGCAACGUUUUCGGUGUCACGUUUUCUUCAUAUUGAUGUUUUCCAAACAGAGCAAUGAACAGCUGGAUCAUAUAAAUGUUUGUGAUCUUUAUUUGUAAAAUGACUAGUUGCAUAACAGUCUUGCAAUGGAUGUUGUAUGACUGUUGGAAGUUUGUUACAAGAUGAGUAUCAUUUCCAAAAAGUUAUCCCCUGCACGAUGAUACCAAAGCACACGUUGUGCUGCCUGUUCCCAUUGCCACUUUUUCAAUCAAAGCAGAGCUGCUUGAUUUUAUGUGACGAAAGUACUUGAUAUAUGGUUGGUUGUGUUCCUGUAUUUUUGUGAUUUUAGGAUGAAACCUGUGUUUGCAACUCACUUUAGAGAGAUUGCUGGUAGACAUUCAAGACAAUAAUGACUUACAUUAUCACAAAUUGAAUGCUACUGACUGACUUGCUAAUUAUGUAUUAAACCUCUAUAAAUGAUGCAGCUGCCACUUUAGGUCCAAAUAAGAGGAUGUACAUGUGUUUAUCUUUUUUUUUCCAACAAGAGUUGAUUGUAGAGAUGAGCAUUGUGUGUUUUUGCAACUGUUCCAAUUGUUCAAAUUCACUGAGUUGAUGUCACACAGUGCCAUUGUGUAACCCACCUUUUUGUAGUUGUGCCAUUUGACUUUUUGUCAGACUAAGCGCAAGCUCUCGACCUAUAGGACCAAAUGUUCUCUUCUCUCAUGGGAUGAUUUGCCAUGGCAAUCAGUACUUGCACAUAAAAGAAAGUGAUAAUCAUGAUAAGCAGUCCAUGUAGUUUAUUAAAGUGUUUUUACCCUUAAAGAAACUGUACAUUGUGUAUCCAUGAGUCCAGCCUUAGUAAACGGACCUACAAACUAGUUGCACACUAUCAAACAUUUGUACAGCUUUUCCUCCAUUUGUCCAUCAUAUGUUCAUUACUUAUAUCUGUGAUGUCUGAUUUUAAACUUGGUUUUUACAUAUAUAUGUAUACAAGAAAUGAAAUGCUGCUGAAAAGUGCCCCAAUUAUUUUUGUGAACUAAUAAGUGUGCAAUAAAUGGACAUAUGUUUUGAAAGUUAGAAUUCUUUUAAGUUCCCAGAAUGCUGAAUCAUAUACAUAUGUAUUUAAAAAAAAUAAAAAAAUGUCAUUUAUUUUUUGAAAAAGAAACCCACGUGAUCUGUGAAACAGAGUGUUGGUUCUGUUCUGGUCUGUGUUCCUCCCUAAAGUCGCAUGUUUCUGCUGUGUAACGUUGAGCAUGUCAUCUUUAGUUGCUGGUGUUUUCUGUCACGUCUUAAUGUGUUAAUCUAACAGCCUAGUUUUGGAUCUGUUGCUGAAGCAUGAUCUUUAUUUCCCGUAUAAUCAGCCCUUUUUUGUGCAGUGCUUUAAUAUGAUCUUGAUUAUUAUACAAAAUAUGCCUUUACAGUGUACACUUGGUGUUGUAUACCGGUUUUCUACCAGUCUAUGCUUUAUUUAAAAGUUCUCUUCAUAAUAGCACACACACACACACAAAUAUAUAUAUAUAUAUUUAUGUGUGUGAGUCCAUGUAAUAUCGUCGAUUUUCUACCAUGGUCACUGAUGGCACCUUGUUAAAUGUGAAUAGUUUCAAUUGGGGUAAUCUUCAUUCUGUGACAGUUGUUUGUGUAUCUUAAAUAAUAUGCAGUAUAAAUGUACAUCAUAUGUUGCAUAUUCUUUAUAUUGUAGGUUACUUGAUUACAACCUACUUUCAGACAGAUGUCUUUUGUGUCUUUGAUACUGUACUUAGUUUUGAGAAACUGUCUAAAAAAAUCCCGGUUAGUGAUAUCAACUGCACAUUGGUAAGAACUGAUGUGAUGGUGUGUGUUUGUUUUUGGUUUUUUUUAGCUGGCUCUUAAAAACCGAUAAUGCCACUCUGUAUUUUAAAGGUUUGUAGUUGUACUGAUUCUGAAUUUGUUAGUGUUCUCGCUCUGCAGUCCUGUUGUUAAAAAAGGUGUUUUUGUAAAUGCAUAACAUGCAAAUAAAAAGAACUAAUACCA